UAUCAACGACGACGUUAUCCCCGUGCACCUUCCUUCCUGAUUGUGUGGGGCAGUGGGCAUACACCUGCGAGAGCACAUGGCCGGCGGACUUCAACGCCGCCCUCCCCCGGGCCCACAGCGCAUUGAAGCGAAGCUCCUCCUAGUUUAUUAACGACUCCCCCUCCCAGUCCACACCGCACCGCUCGCCGUAGCACGCCGCGCCUCCCUGUCGCCGUCGCUCGCGCGCGCCCGGGGGUAAUUUCGUCGAACACCUGACGCGCCGCCAUGUCCGUGGGCGGCUGCCUCCCCGCCGGCGACCCCGCGGUCACCAGAAUCUGCCGCGACGGCGCGGCGGCGACGCGGCUCAAGACGGGGUCCCUGCUCGCCAUCCUCGUCGCCAGCGCCGUCGGCAUCUGCCUCCCCGUCGCGCUCACGCGCGCCUUCCGCCGCAGCCCCGGAUACGCGCGCGGCCUCCUCCUCGUCAAGUGCUACGCGGCUGGGGUCAUCCUCUCCACCUCGCUCGUCCACGUGCUCCCCGACGCGCUCGCCGCGCUCGCCGACUGCGCCGUCGCGUCGCGCAGGCCCUGGAGGGACUUCCCCUUCGCGGGGCUCUUCACCCUCGUCGGCGCGCUUCUCGCGCUGCUCGUCGACCUCUCCGCCUCCUCCCACCUCGAAGCUCACGGCCACGGCGGCGAGGCCCACGAGCACCAGAACUACGCCCCUAUCCCCAAGAAAUCCACCGUCCUCGAGCUCAUCGGUGAAACGAGCCCGAAGAAACGCGCUUUCUUGGAAGAAAACCGCGAGGACCCGGUGCUGCACGCCGCCAGAAACGGCGGCGACCCGGACAGGGACGACGCGGCCCUCUUCGGGGCCAAGAAAGGCGCACACUUGGUGCGCAGCGAUGAGGUCGCAGUGGCCGGUGGCGGGUGCCAUGGCGGUGGGCAUGAAGUGGUGGAUGUGGGGGAAGGAGAGGGGGAGGAGGAGGAGGCGAGGAGGAAGCAGAAGAUGGUGUCCAAGGUGCUGGAAAUUGGCAUAGUGUUCCACUCGGUUAUCAUUGGGGUGACCAUGGGGAUGUCGCAGGAUGUCUGCGCAAUCCGGCCGCUUGUUGUUGCGCUAUCCUUCCACCAGGUGUUCGAGGGGAUGGGCCUCGGCGGCUGCAUCGCGCAGGCUGGUUUUGGGAUGGCAACAGUUGGUUACAUGUGCAUAAUGUUCUCAGUGACAACACCGCUGGGAAUACUUCUUGGAAUGGCAGUCUUCCAUAUGACUGGUUAUGACGAUAGCAGUCCAAAUGCCUUAAUAAUGGAAGGGAUUCUUGGUUCACUUUCUGCCGGAGUCCUUAUUUAUAUGGCUCUUGUUGAUCUCAUUUCUCUUGAUUUUUUCCAUAACAAGAUGAUGGCAGCAUCCCUAAAACUGAAGAAGGCAUCGUACAUUGCAUUGGUGCUUGGAUCUGCUUCUAUGUCAAUAUUAGCUCUCUGGGCAUAGGUCAUAAUCAAGUUAGUAGAUGAACCGUAUGUAUGCUCUUCGGAGAAAUGCGAUCUUCGUAGAAACGUGAUGUUGCUCCUCUUAUAUCAUGUGUAGGAAGGAAUGGAUACUUGGGUCUUAUAAAUUAGCCCUUUGAGCAAUCCUAAAUAAAUGUGAGAUUAUAAAUUA